AUGUUAUUUAAAUCAUUCUUCACCGUUGCGGCAGCUGCUGUAUCCCUGGCCUCGGCGGAAACGUGUACUACCCAGAAACGUAUCGAAGGUUCACGCCAGGUUGCCGUCGCCUACAACGCCGUCGGACUGGGUGCAUCUGCUGAAGAGUUCCAGCUUGUUCCGUGGGGCAGCCCAGACAGUGCAGGCUCUUGCCUCGUUACCAUCAUCCCAAACGGCCUCGGAUGUGGAAUUCCCGUAGCAACGACCGGCGCUGGAACAACUCAGUUUGCUAUUGAGACUCGUCAAGUCUUUAACAAGCUGGAAAUCACCGAAAUCAUUCCCUUCAGUAACGGGACCGUCCUGCUGAGUGUCGAUAUCCGUCUCGGGCUACGUGAGAUACUCCCGCUCCCGGCCACCUUCCACGCCUGGGUCUACAUGGAUUUCAACGUCGACUGCCGCAUUUACUCUGCACGAGCCUACGCCGACGUUCCCACCUCUAUCCUCACUUUCAUUACUGCUCAGCAGAUCAACAUACCAAACGGAGGUCUCUACCCCAUCUGUAGCAACCUUCCGGUGGGUGGUCAGAAGCGUGCGAUCAAUUUCGAGGCUUAA